AUGUAUAUAAAUAAUUUCAUAGAAAGACUUUCUUAAUCAUAACAAUUAUUAAUAACCUUACAAAACCCCCACAUUCCAAUUGAUAAAAAAGACCAACCUCCUGAAGCCCUAAAAAUAUCCCAAAAAAUACUCAACAUACUAGAAAAAGAAUAUAACUAUUCCGAAACAGAAGAAGAAAUUAAACAAAAGGAUAAAAAAGUCCAAAAACUUCGCGAAAUAAUAUUAAAUUGGAUAUCCUAAGUAGCCGAAGAAAAAUAAAUAGACUUUAAAUACAACGGUGAUUUAUUAAUAUUUGGUUCAUAUAAAUUAAAAGUAAAUUAAAAAAAUAGUGAUAUAGACGCAGUUUGUUUUGUCCCAUCUUUUGUAGAAUGCAAAAAGCAUUUUUUUGGUGAUUUAUUUCAUAUAUUAUCUUAAAAAAAAGAGGUAGAAGACAUUUUUUCUAUAUAACAUACUUCUGUCCCUUUAAUAAAAAUGAGAUAUUUUGGAAUUCCCUUUGAUAUUUCAUUUUCGAAAUAAUCCCAAAGUCAAUUUAAAUCUGAUUUAGAUAUAAAAUCAAUAUAAAUUUUAUAAGGAAUGGACGAAAAAUCAAUUAGAGCUUUAAAUGGAUAUAGAGUGGCUGAAUGGUUUAAUUAAAAUAUUAAAAAUAAAGAUACAUUUAAAAAAGCCUUAAAGUGUAUAAAAUUAUGGGCUUAAAAUAGAUGUAUUUAUUCAAAUAUUUUAGGCUAUUUAAAUGGAAUAGCUUGGAGCAUUUUAGUCGCAAAAAUAUGCUAAUUAUACCCCAAUUAUUUCGUUUAUGGUAUAAUUGAGAGGUUUUUUUUUCUUUAUUCAAGAUGGAAAUGGCAUGAUAUGGCAGUUUAAAUAGAGUAUAUAUAAGAAGAUAUAUAUAAUCAGAUGAUUUGUGGAAAUUAAUGGGUUCCAGAAAACAAAGGAAUAAGCAAUAUGAUGAUUAUAACCCCUUGUUUUCCUUGUAUAAAUUGUGCUUAUAAUGUCACUGAGAGUACUUUGAGGGUAAUAUAAGAGCAGUUUUAAUACGGAUAUAGAAUUUUAGAUGAAAUAUAAAAAAAUUAAUCACAUUAUGACUAUUAGGAUCUUUUUAAACCUUUCGAAUUUUUUAAAAGAUAUAAUGCAUUUUUAUAAAUAAGAAUUUUAGCGAAAAAUAAAAAUGAGUAUUUCCAAUGGAAAGGUCAUGUGGAAAUUAAUUUAAGAAAAUUAACGAAAAUUAUUGAAAAUGGAAAGCUUAGUAAAAUAAUUUUAAUUCAUCCUUUUUCGAAAUUUAUAGAUUUAUGUUUGAAGGAAUAAUUAGGAGAUUAUUCUUUAGGUUGUGUUUAUUUUUAUGGAAUUAAAGUUAAAGAUAAUUAGAAUGAUAUAUAAAUUUCUUUUGAGGAAGAAAUUAAAAAAUUUUUAGAGAUUUUAGAGUUUGGGGAUAAAAUUCCAUAAUUAGUUAAUAUAUCUAUUAAAUGUGUAAGGUAAUAAUAAGUUUUUGCUUUUAAUUAAGAUUGGGCAGAGGUUAUAAAUAAUUAAAUGGUUAACAUUUAAUGA